AUGGCAGACGCUGACGUUGAACUUGACGACGAGCAAUACGACUCCGCCGACGACGAGGACUUCACCCUCGACCAAGCCGGCGACGACGACGAUGCGGAGCUUUCGUCCUCCGACGAGGAGACAUCAGCCGAGCCAGCGGCGAAAAAGAGGAAGACAACCGGCAAAAUCGGGGACGCGGCGCAUGAUGACGCGGAGCUGGACUCCGGUGACGAGGCGAUGAUCCGCAAGGCAAAGGACAAGAAGCAGAAGCAGAAGCGCGGGAAGAAGGGAUCCGACAAUGAGGACGAUGUGGAUUUCGAUGAUGAGGGGGGACCCGGGGGAUUCGUGAAGACAAGAGCGAUGAGGAUGCAUAUGCAGGAAGAGCGCAAACCGCUCGCGAAGAUCGACGGUGCUACAAUCGAUGUCGACGCAUUAUGGGCUCAGAUGAACGCGCCGGACUCGCAUCUAGCAGCAACACCGACACCAGAAACGAAGACGCAAGAAGCGACCCCAGCGGCCGAUGUCGAAAUGCGCGACCAAGAGAACGCAACAGGCAAAGCGCCGGCUCCAGAAAAACGGUCCCAACCCCAGUACCCGGAAGAAAUGGUUAAGAUCAAACGCACCUACAAGUUCGCCGGCGAAAUGAUCACCGAGGAGAAGAUCGUCCCCCGCGACUCCGCCGAGGCAAAACUCUUCCUAUCCGGCAACGGCGACGGCGAAGUCGUAACAGCGACUGAAGACGAUAUCGCGGGCGGCACUGGAACCGCAACCACGACGCAAAUCGUUCGUCUCCGACGCCCACUCCGCAAGAUCUCCCGCUUCGAUCCGAACCCGUCCGGCGCGAUCAAGAAGAGCUGGGAGAAACAGCCUCUUACAGAAGCUGGUCCUGGCCAGGAGGAGAACGCCCGCGGGCCGAAGAUCAAUACUGUCGAGAAGUCGCGGAUGGACUGGGCUGCUUAUGUGGAUCGUGCUGGGAUUAGCGAUGAACUUCGCGUCCAUAGUAAGGCCAAGGAGGGCUUCCUUGGUCGUAUGGAUUUCUUGGAUCGCGUCGAUGCGAAGAAGGAAGAGGAGAGGAGAAAUGUCAGGUUGAAGGGGAUGUAA